GCUUUUUGGAUGCAGUUUUAUUUAAAACAGGAUUUUCAACUAACAGUUUUCUUUGAAGAAAACUGCUUAAUUAAGAAAAUUUUUAUACAUUCCCUUUCCUGUUUUUAAUAAUAAUCUAUCUCCAUCCCUCCAUCAGUGGCGAAUCGUCAACAAAGCGCUUCCUGUCCCAUUCCCAUCCCAUCUGAAGCUUCUCUGAUGCCGGUAAAAUGGCCUGUUUUGCGCAUGCUUCCGACAAAAAACGCUGGAAGAAAAACGUGUCAUGGAAACCCAGAAACAUGCUGCUGCUGGUCGCGCGCCACAUGGAAAAGCGUAGCAAACUAACGUUUGCCGCUGUAUGUGUUUCCGGGGCAGCCGUCGGUGUGUGUGUGUUUGAGUGUGCAGUUGUAUCGGUGUGGGAGUGAGCAUGCAGUCAAUUUUCCGAUUUUCUUCCCUGGAAAAGUCAGCUGGCGCACACCACGGCACGUAAAGCUCUACACCGGGAAAGAAGCGAUACCUUCAAGAUGUGUUAAUAUUCUACGUUCGGAGUGGAAAGGAUUGGUUGAAUCGUCGCUUCUACUCACCAGCAGCAGCAACAUUCGUAGUGUAUAACUGGACGGUACAGGAAAAAAAGCCUUUAAAGCACCCCCAUGUCGGCUGCAUACGGGACACGGAUGGAACCGGACUAUCCGCUUGACGACACGUUGGAGUACUUUAUCAAAUUCCCUUCACCGAACUUCCGGAGCGACACACAAACGGCCGAAAGUGACUAUGUGUUUGUGUGUAACGAAACGAAUGUUCCCAUCGUGUUGCUGCUCGGAUGGGCCGGAUGUCAGGACAAGUACCUGAUGAAGUACUCCAAAAUCUAUGAAGAUCGUGGUCUCAUCACCAUCCGCUACACGGCACCGGUGGAAAAUUUGUUCUGGAAGCGGGCCGGCAUGCAUCAGAUUGGGGAGAAAAUAUUGAAGCUCAUCUACGACAUGAACUUCGACAGCCAUCCACUUAUAUUCCACGUAUUUUCCAAUGGGGGAGCAUUCCUGUACCAGCAUAUCGCACUCGCCCUGAGACGGUCCAAGUCGCCGAUCAACAUUUGUGGGAUGAUCUUUGACUCGGCACCGGGUGAUCGGCGGAUAGUGGGUCUUUACCGUGCCAUUACGGCUAUCUACGGGAAGGAGCGACGCUGCAACACACUGCUGUCGGCGUUGAUGGCAGUGGCGGCCAUUUUGCUGUGGACAUUCGAGGACGCCUUCAAUUAUGUACUUAACUUUAUCAAACCACGAGGGUACGAAGUACAAACCAAUCCGUCGCACAAUCUCAAGUACGAAAGCAAUGCAUGGCCGCAGCUGUUCCUCUACUCGAAGGAGGAUCUUUUGAUACCAUAUACUGACAUUGAAAAGUUUGCCAACUACCGACGACGCUGCGGUGUGGACGUGCGCAUGGUGUGCUUCGAUCGUUCCGAGCACGUAAAACACUACAUCCGCCAUCCGCAGCAAUACAUCUACACCGUGUGCAAGUUCAUUAACGACUGUUUAUCUCACUACUAUGGCAAAUUCCAUAACUAAAACCCCAUCCGGAAUCGAACUUUCGGGCAGAUAUCGAAUGAUCCCCGUGGUGGAGUUUGGAGACUUGUGUUUUGUAAUUUUGUUAAACGUUACCUUUAAUUUUUACUGUCGUAAUGGCACAAAAUUGUUACACGGAAGCACAAAACAAAACGCACAUUUGCAAUUUAAAAAAGCGAGAAACAAACGCCCAAAACUCGAGGAUAUGUUGGCCACGCCACCACUACUACGGGCCGAGUGUAGUGAUUCUAGCAAUUCGUUUAUUUAAAUUACCACCAAAUAUGCAUAGCAAUUAAUAUUUUGUGAUUCACACCUUAGCAACGUAAAAGCAUCUUAAAAAUGCCUUAAUUCCGUGGUGCACGACGGCCGGAGCCUGUGUGUGUGUGCGUACUACGUUAACUUUCUUAGCGGUGGUAGCAGUAUCAGUAGCGCAGUAAAAUGAAACUCCAACACUUAUGUGUAUGUAAACCGUGCUAGCGGAACGGUAGCAGUGAAACGUGAAACCAUUUCCAAAGGAUUCAAUAAAAGUGGUCAUGUAAUUAUCAUUACACUGAAAAU